AUGUCUCGUUUUUUUGCAGCCAAUUAUGACUAUGAUAGUGCAAGUUCAUCAUCAGAAGAGGACUUACUGUCCUCAUCUGAUGAGGAAUCACUAAAUUCUUCUUUGAGCGAAGGGGAGGAGGAAUCCGAUGAUUCCUUUUUCAACGAUUCUGAGUCUGAGUCUGACAUCGACUCGGAUGAUUCGGAGGGCAGACCUUACGGACCCGAUUGGUUCAAGAAAGCAGAGUUCAGAAAGGGUGGGACUAACAAAUUCUUGAAAGGUGCCAACUAUUCAGAUUCGGAAUCGGAGGAUGAAGGCAAGAAAGUGGUCAAGUCGGCCAAGGAGAAGUUGUUGGAUGAGAUGCAAGCCGUCUACUCAAGUAUCGAGAAUGCUGAAAUGACGCAGGACUGGGUGACGAUCUUGGCAGAGCUGGACAAUAUCUCACGUCUCCUGAUCAGAGCCCAACAACAGAACUACGGUACCCCAAACAUUUUCAUCAAGGUCUUGGCGCAGAUCGAGGAUGCGGUGACAGACGCAGAGCAAGCCGAUAUCAAAAACAAGGCUGUUGCCAGGGCCUACAACACGACAAAGCAAAGAGUUAGAAAGGUGGCAAGGGAAAACGAGGGUUUGCUUGCUAAAUUUAGAGAGAACCCAGAAUCCUUCGAUAAGGAAAAUACUGCCGAUCUUGGCGCCGAAGACCGUGAGGCAACUCCAAUUUUCGGUAAGAAAGGUAUUAACCUGUCAUCUUUGGCCACAGCUUCCUCGGAAGUUGGAUUUUUCUCCGCUCUACGAAUCGUGUUGGAUACUAGAGGUAAGAAAAGUGUUGACCAAUAUGGUUUAAUCAAGACUAUGCAGGAAUUGCUCGAGAUCGCCAAAACACCUUACGAGACGAUAAUGGCUUAUCUAACUCUAAUUCCAAUCAGGUUCGACGCUUCUGCAAAUCUUUCGUAUCAGCCAAUUGAGCAAUGGAAGGCAGCUUACAGCGAAACACUCAGACUUUUAGAGAUACUGAAUGAGCACAUCGAUACUUAUCAGGUUUCAGAGUUGGCUGAGCGGAACGAGUUCAUCGAGGAUGAGCCCCAAGCCGACGCUAACGGAGUUAAGAAGAUUUUGGGCUCUGUUUUCUCAUUUGUUGAGAGGCUUGAUGAUGAAUUUAACAAAUCUUUGUUGAACACUGAUCCCCACUCAAGUGAUUAUUUGGUCCGCCUAAGAGAUGAGCAAUUAAUUUACAAUUUGAUUUUGAGGACACAAAUUUACCUCGAGGCUACUCUUCCCGAAGAAGAAAGGGAAAGACUUUUGGCACGUCCUUUGGUUAAAAGGUUGGAUCACAUCUACUACAAAUCAACCUCGCUGAUUAGCAUAAUCGAGAGCAACGCUUGGAAAAGUCUGCCAUCUAAUUUCACUUCCAGUUAUGUUCCUUUCAAUGGUAUCGCCGAUGACAAGUAUGUCACGAACCUAGUUGGAACAUUAGCUGACAGUUUACGCAAACAUAAGAAUGGUGGGUUACGGAAGCGUGCCGUGCUUUAUCAAGUGUACUUCACUGCCUUGAAUAUUGAUUUCAGCACCGCCAAAGAUAUGUUGAUUGAAUCGAAAGUUCAGACCUAUAUCAACAAUUCUGAUCCUUCCCUGCAAAUUCUAUUCAACAGAGUGGUUGUGCAACUUGGUUUGGCAGCAUUUAAACUAUGCUUGAUUGAAGACUGUCAUCAGGUUCUAAACGAAUUGCUAGCAAGCUCGCAUUUGCGCGAGAUCCUCGGUCAACAAACAUUGCAAAGGAUCUCGGCUAAUGUGGGAUCGUCAACUAGUGCAGAUGAACGUGAACAACUGUGCUUGCCUUACCAUCAACAUAUCAACCUAGAUCUAAUCGAUCUUGUUUUCAUGACAUGCUCGCUUUUGAUAGAAGUACCCCAGAUGACGGCAUUCUAUUCGGGCAUCAAAGUGAAAAGAAUUCCCUACUCCCAGAAAUCCAUUCGCCGCGCCUUAGAGCACUAUGAUAAAUCGGCAUUCCAGGGGCCACCGGAGACACUGAGAGACUAUGUUUUGCAUGCUGCUAAGUCGAUGCAGAAGGGUGAUUGGAAAAAGUGUAACUUUUACUUGAGGUCCAUCCCUACAUGGAAGUUGUUAUCCAAUGCAGACACUGUGUUGGAGAGCCUUGCCGAGAGGGUUCAAAUCGGAUCAUUGAAAACAUUCUUUUUCACUUAUAAGAGGUUCUACGACAAAAUUUCUUUGAGCAAACUAUCAGAACUCUUUAACGUUCCACAGGAAAAGGUCGUGGAGAUUAUGGAGUUUGUCAUUGCAGAAUAUGACAUUGACGCUAGAUUGGACGGAAACAAGAGCACCGUUAUUGUUGAAGGCGACGAAAUAACUAAAUUGGAAGAGGUCGCCUUGAAAUUGAACAAGGAAGUAAAAAUUGCAAAAGAACGCUUGAACCCAACCGCUGGUCGUCGUUAA